AUGGCCAGCGAGUCUGAAAAGACCCGUCCCCCCUCAGGCUCCACGACGGACGCCCUACGUGUCGAAAAAGACGAAGCCGAUGGAGUUUCAUACAACAGCGGAACCGUCACGCCAUCCCCCUCCGGUCACGGCUACGAAGACAUUCACUCACACCCGCGCCGGCACUCUACAAUAGAUCCCUCAGCAAGAAACGAAAUCAUUGAGCUCGCUCGACGCUUCUCCAGACUCUCUACAUACACGGUGCCAAAAGAUGGUGAGGUUGAGAGUCCGUUCAACUCGGACAACCCGGUGCUGCAGCCAGGCUCGGGCAAGUUUAACCCAAGGGCGUGGGUGAAGACAAUGAUGCAUUUGCAAGACAGAGACCCAGAGAAAUAUCCGAAUAGAACGGCGGGUGUCACGUUUAAAAACUUGUCUGUCCAUGGGUUUGGAAGUGCGCUGGAUUAUCAGAAGGAUGUGUCCAAUGGGUGGAGAGAUGCGGUGAGCGGGAUGGCGAAGAUAUUUUCUGGGGAUAGACAUAAGGGCGAGACAAAGAUUCAGAUCUUGAAAGAUUUUGAUGGGGUUGUGAAGAACGGAGAGAUGCUGGUGGUGUUGGGAAGGCCUGGAAGUGGUUGUUCAACUUUCUUGAAGACUAUUGCUGGGCGCACUCAUGGUCUGUAUGUUGGUUCAGAAUCGGAGGUCGAAUAUCAAGGAAUCCCACGUGAAAUGAUGCACAACAACUUCCGCGGUGAAGCAAUUUACAACGCCGAAACAGAUGUCCAUUUCCCCCACUUGACAGUCGGCCAGACGCUCUCUUUUGCUGCACAAACCCGCGCCCCUCGCAAUCGUUUCCCCGGUAUAACUCGUGAACAGUACAGUGAUCACAUGCGAGACGUUGUCAUGGCCGUCUUUGGCCUCUCCCACACCUUCAACACUAAGGUCGGAGAUGACUUUGUCAGAGGUGUGAGUGGUGGUGAGAGAAAGAGAGUCAGUAUUGCGGAGGCCUCUCUUGGCGGGAGCCCGCUGCAAUGCUGGGAUAACAGCACAAGAGGUCUGGACAGUGCUACUGCACUCGAGUUUGUCAAGACCUUGAGACUGCAGAGUGAGCUAGCGGGAUCAACGAUGCUGGUGUCCAUGUACCAGGCUUCCCAGAGUUCCUAUGAGUUGUUUGAUAAAGUUAUCGUGCUCUACGAGGGUAGACAGAUCUAUUUUGGCCGCACAGAGAGCGCAAAGGCCUUCUUCACAAAUAUGGGUUUCCACUGCCCGCAACGACAGACGACCGCAGAUUUCCUUACAUCUCUGACCAGCCCGAGCGAACGUGAGGUCAAGCCAGGCUUCGAAAACAGGGUGCCCCGUACUCCCGAUGAGUUUGCAGAUGUCUGGAGGAAGAGUGCAGAGUGCAAGAGGCUUCUGCAGGAUAUUGACUCCUACAAGCAACAGUACCCGGUCGACGGCGAGCAGUUGGAGAAGUUCAAGCAGUCAAGAGCAGCCCAACAGGCGAAAAGAAUGCGGGUUGAGUCUCCCUACACCAUCUCAGUACCCAUGCAGAUCAAGCUGUGUAUACGGCGUGGUUUCCAGCGGCUGAGGGGUGAUAUGACAAACUUUUGCAAUACGGUAUUCGGGAACAUGAUCAUUGGAUUGAUCGUUGGUAGUGUUUUUUACAAUCUUCAAGAUAACACCUCUAGUUUCUUCUUGAGGGGAGCUUUGCUGUUUUUCGCGGUUCUGAUGAACGCUUUUUCUAGUAUCUUGGAAAUUCUCACUCUUUACGCCCAACGCCCCAUCGUCGAAAAACACACGCAAUAUGCUCUUUAUCAUCCGUUUGCCGAAGCCGUUUCAUCAAUGAUAUGUGAUCUCCCGUCGAAAAUUAUCGUGACGUUCAGUUUCAAUACAACAGUAUAUUUCAUGGCCAACCUUCGGCGCGAGGCCGAUCACUUCUUCAUCUUCCUGCUUUUCUCGUUCACAGUCACGCUCUGCAUGUCUAUGAUGUUCCGUACCAUUGCUGCCUUCUCACGCACCAUCGCCCAAGCCAUGGCGCCCGCCGCUGUAUUGAUCCUCCUGUUGGUGGUCUAUACUGGUUUCGCCAUUCCCGUCCGCGACAUGGCGGUCUUCCUGCGCUGGGUCAAUUACCUCAACCCAAUCGCAUACGCCUUUGAGAGUCUGAUGGUUAACGAGUUUCACGGUCGUGAGUUUGCAUGCUCUGUCUACAUCCCAUCGGGACCUGGAUAUGAAAACGUCACCUCCGAUCAACAAUCCUGCAGUGUCAAGGGCGCCGUCACGGGAAUGCUCACAGUCGACGGUGGUAACUACAUUAGCACCACCUAUGAGUACGAGUACGGACAUCUCUGGCGCAAUCUCGGUAUCAUCCUCGCGUUCAUGAUUUUCUUCCUGUUUACGUAUCUUGCUGGCACAGAAUACAUUGCUGCGGCGAGGUCUAAGGGUGAAGUGCUGCUGUUCCGUAAGAAGCACCUCCAGAAAAUGAGGAAACAGGGUAUCGACGGAGAGGCGAUUGCCACGGGGCGGCCGGUGGUGGCACAAAAUGCAACCAGCGAGAAAUUGGCGGCGAUUCAGCAACAGACAGAUAUCUUCAUGUGGAGAGAUGUGUGCUAUGAUAUUCAGAUCAAGAAGGAACACAGACGUCUCUUGGAUCAUGUGGAUGGAUGGGUUAAGCCUGGAACUUUGACCGCGUUGAUGGGUGUCUCGGGAGCUGGAAAGACUACGCUCUUGGAUGUUCUUGCUAGUCGAGUUACUAUGGGUGUUGUUACCGGUGAUAUGCUCGUCAAUGGCCAGCAGCGGGAUGAAUCUUUCCAGCGGAAAACUGGGUACGUUCAGCAGCAGGAUUUGCAUCUUCAGACCACCACUGUGCGAGAGGCUUUGAACUUCAGUGCUUUGUUGCGGCAACCAAAAACUACGCCUGAGAAGGAGAAACUGGACUAUGUUGAAGAGGUCAUCAAGCUUCUGGAAAUGGAGGAAUACGCAGAAGCAAUCGUUGGUGUACCUGGAGAAGGACUGAACGUGGAGCAGCGGAAACGCUUGACGAUUGGUGUUGAGCUUGCCGCAAAACCUGCACUCCUACUCUUCCUCGACGAACCUACUUCCGGUCUUGACAGUCAGACAGCCUGGUCCAUUUGUGACCUGAUGAGGAAACUGGCAAACAGCGGGCAGGCAAUUCUGUGCACUAUUCAUCAACCGUCGGCUCUUUUAGUCCAGAAUUUUGACCGCCUAUUGUUCCUUGCCAAGGGUGGUAAGACAGUGUACUUUGGAGAGAUUGGCGAGAACUCACACGUUCUGACUGGAUACUUUGAGAAGAACGGAGCGCACCCUUGCCCUCCUGAGGCAAACCCGGCUGAGUGGAUGCUUGAGGUUAUUGGUGCUGCACCGGGAGCUGUUUCUACCAGGGACUGGCCACAGGUUUGGUUGGAUAGUCCUGAGCGGGUUGCGGUUAGGAAGGAAUUGGAUGAUAUGCAGGUAGAGCUUGGAGGCCGCGGAGACUCAACAGAUGGACAUGGCCAUGAGGAAUUUGCGAUGCCGUUUUCGUACCAGUUUAAGACGUGCCUGAUGCGUGUGUUCCAGCAAACCUGGCGCACACCGUCUUAUAUCUACUCGAAGAUCUUCCUUUGCACUGCUACAUCCCUCCUGAUUGGUCUCUCCUUCCUUAACUCUAAGAACUCGCUACAAGGCCUCCAGAACCAGAUGUUUUCCGUCUUCUUGUUCAUGACAAUCUUCGGCACCAUCGUUCAACAGAUCAUGCCUCACUUUGUAACCCAGCGCAGUCUCUACGAGGCUCGAGAGCGUCCUUCAAAGGCUUACUCGUGGAAAGCAUUCAUUCUCUCCUCCAUCAUUGUUGAGCUCCCAUGGCAGACGGUGAUGUGUAUCAUUAGUUUCUUCCUCUGGUAUUACCCAAUUGGGAUGUUUAGGAACGCUGAAGCUACCGGCUCUACCAGUGAGCGUGGUGGUUUGAUGUUCCUGCUGCUGUGGUCGUUCUACAUGUUUACGUCCACGUUCACACAUAUGAUGAUUGCUGGAAUUGAAUCCGCAGAGGCAGGAAGUAAUUUGGCGAACUUGUUGUUCAUGUUAAUAUUUAUGUUUUGCGGUGUCCUCGCUACUGUAGACAGUCUUCCCGGCUUCUGGAUCUUCAUGUACCGCGUCUCGCCCUUCACAUAUCUCAUCAGUGCUAUGCUUUCAACGGCCAUAGCCAAUGCCGAAGUCCACUGCUCUAAUAUCGAGUUCACAAUCUUCAACCCGCCGUCAAACCAGACAUGUGCGGACUACCUGGAGCCGUUCAUGUCGAUUGCUGGCGGAACCAUCGUAAACCCGUCGGCGACGGCGGACUGUAGAUAUUGCUCAAUCGCGGAUACCAACACGUUCUUGUCGGCGCUGUCGAUCGACUACGGCGACCGCUGGAGGAAUUUUGGUUUGAUGUUGUGCUACACCGUGUUUAAUCUCUCGAUGGCCAUCUUUAUUUACUGGCUGGCGAGAGUGCCGAAGAACAGCAAGAAGAAGGUGGUUGUGGCAAAGUAG